GCUUGUCAAACGUCACAUGGGGCCGGGAGCACUUUGCUUCCUGCAUUGCUCUCCUGCUCGGGCGGAUUAUUCAUUGUUUACUCCUGUAUACAUGUAGCCUCUGUAUUCGCUCGUUUUCUACCGGCGUAAUGAUCAGCAAAGUUAAAAACGCGAUGUCUACCCUGGUCGGGGGUAUUAUGCCGCACGGCCACCAACACGGGUCUGCAAGCAUUCAGCACAGCGGCUCGGAAGGGCUACCCGUCCGCUUUCCGUAUUCAAGACCCGACUUUUUGGAUCUGCCUGUCGAUCAGCUACAAUACGCCAAUGAUCACGGGUCCAGACCUAUCCUCACCCCACAACGGGACUGCAGACUGCCCUGGAGGACGGGAUACGCUGAAGUGGUCAAUGCUGGGAAGAGCCUUUUGAAUGAGGACCAGGCCUGUUCUGAAGUGCUGUUUCUGAGGAGGAGCAAUGUCAAGCAGCCAAGCUCCUCUUCAGUGGAGGAGGAGGCUCAGCAGGUGCAGGGCAUUCCACUGCAUUUCUGGGCGCUGUAUGAUGGGCACGCCGGCUCCGGAGCUGCCAUCAUGGCUUCCAAGUUCCUUCACCACGUGAUCAAGGACCAGCUGACGGACAUCCUUCACCUCUUGGAGAACCCCGACACAGCGCCCCCUAUCUGCCUGGGAAAGAACGGCAGCCCCCUACAACCAGAGCUGAAGACCGUAGCGUCGCAAGGGGAGGACCCCGAGACCCCCAGUGACCCCACCACCCGCUUCCACCUGGAGAAGGCGGUUAGCCUGGAGAGUCUGAUCAUGGGGACGAUCGAAACCGCCUUCAAACAGAUGGAUGAGCAAAUCGAAAAGGAAAAAGCGUCGUUCAGCAUCUCAGGGGGCUGCUGUGCACUUGUCGUGAUCCACUUAAUGGGGAAGCUCUACGUCGCCAAUGCAGGAGACAGCAGAGCCAUAAUAAUCCACAACGAUGAGGUCAUCCCCAUGUCCAGCGAGUUCACCCCUGAGACCGAACGACAGCGGCUGCAGUAUCUUGGUUUCCUGAAACCAGAGCUCCUGGGGAAUGAAUUCACCCAUGUUGAAUUCCCUCGCAGAAUGCAGCACAAGGAACUAGGAAAGAAGAUGCUUUUCAGGGACCACACUAUGACUGGCUGGGCUUACAAGACGAUCCAUGAGGAAGACCUGAAGUUCCCACUGAUAUAUGGAGAAGGCAAAAAAGCUCGGGUGAUGGCCACAAUCGGCGUGACGCGGGGGUUAGGAGACCACGAUCUGAAGGUGUACAACUCCAACAUCUAUAUCAAACCCUUCCUUUCCUGCUGUCCGGAGGUGAAGGUGUUUGACAUGACGCAGCAUGAGUUCGGCCCUAAUGAUGUCAUGGUCCUGGGCACCGAUGGAUUGUGGGAUGUCACCACCAACAGGGAGGUGGCCGACGCUGUCACAGCCUUGCUGUCACACUACAAGCCCAACGAUCCUUUGAGGUACACUCUGGCUGCGCAGGACCUGGUGAUGAGGUCACGGGGCGUGCUGAAAGAGAGAGGCUGGAGGCUGGCCAAUGACAAGCUAGGCUCAGGCGAUGACAUCUCCGUAUUCGUCAUCCCUCUGAACGGACAUGCCGCCGAGACAUGACGCUCCACCACCCCACUGACGAACGCUUUAAAUAACCAAUCAGUAAAGAAAUGAUUAAAGAGCCUAAUGGUCACUGAUGACGGGAUGACCACAGCCAUUUUCUAUAGUUGUCUCAGGUGUGCGCGCCUAUACUGGCCAGUCCUUUCUUGCCUUCUUAUAAGAACCAAAUUCAAGUCCCUCAUUGGGUUAGACCACAGGUGCACAACUUCAGUCCUGGGUUUCUGGGUCUCUGUAAAUCAUCAAUAGAUGAAGAGCUUUCAAAAGUGUUAAACUGGCUGAGUUAAUAUGAUAGUGGGCACAAUUAGGUCAAUAAGAGCAGAGAUGGAAAAUAAACCCACAGACACUGUGGCCCUACAGGACUGGAGAUGCACACCACUGUGUUAGACAAUCAUUACAGUUGUAGUCGAUAUUACCAGGCAAAUGUCUUGUUACUGUAUUCUCUUAACUUGCUGCAUAGUGUUCUGUACCAUAAUCUGUUGUUUUUAAUUAUUGUAUUGUAAAUUAUAUCUUAUCUGAUAUUGCACAUUGCUGGAUAUCUGCACAAUUCCAAGAUGAAAUUGCUUCUGAAGUUGAAAGUGGUAAGGGGAACGAUAAAUUUCUAUGGAUGGGAUGAUUGCACUGUGCACAAAGUCCCGUGCAACACUGUUUCAUUUUCAGCCUAUAGAGGUUGGUUCAGAAAUGCAGAUUUGCACGUCUUACAGGACAUGAAGGACAUAAGAGAGAACUGCAAAGAGCAAUUUUGAACUGGAAAUGAAAUGGGUGGACAAUGCAAAAUACAUUAUCAAGAGGUGGACUUCAUGUUCUUAAAUGGAGGUUUCCUUCUGCAGCAACUGUAAAGCAAUAAUGUUUAUACCAGUAGAAAUAUCUUAACCAAGAAGCAAAGGUUUCCCAAGAGUCUGGGCUUCUGUUGUUCUGUUCUUAAGCAUACAACACUGUUACUUCAAAAUGAUUGUGUUCAAAAACGUUUGGGACACUGCUGUUCCCUGUGUGUGUGGCUCUGCCAAGCACAUUGCCCUUUUUUGCAGUUGAAUGCCAGAACUGUACUUUCCUCUCAAUGUUGGCGAAAUUUACUCGUCUAAGAGUAGGGUCACACUUUAACAGCCAGUAACAUUUACGAUCAGUACUGGUCAAGGUAGUGAUGGCAGCUUUGUCACCAUUUUCAUGAUAAAUCCAAAUUUAGCUGAAAAAUAAGAAAUGUAAGUGAUAUUUUCCACUUAGCUGUUGGUGAUCGAACUAAAAGUACUUAAAACAAUGGUUACACUACGUACCUAAUAAACCUUGGUGGCACCUUUGACUAUCUUGACAAUGCUGCUAGUUGUCUCUCUCAUUAUAUCUCACUAGAAUGUUUUUAUACCGGCAGUCAUUCAUAGCAAACAUUCCUACCAGCUGACGGUCGAGUGUAAAUCCACCGUUGUCUUCAAAUGCAGUUGAGAGGUUAUUUUCAAAUGUGUUUAAGAGUGGAGUCCUCAGUGCAUUCAGAAGCCAUCAGAUCAAACCUUACGACCAGAUUUGAGGCUCUUCACCGUGAUGGUACUCAGAGAAGGGGAAAGCCACUUGUAAUGUCUUUUUAACCAUUCUUUCUGUGGGCUCACGUGGGCGGCGACUCACUAUGUUACCUUGCAUUUGUAAGGAAUAGAAUUCAGUUGUCGGAUUUGAUUUUUUCUGUGCUUUUUCAAAGGGCAUGUUAAACAGAAACAGAAUAGAAAGAGUGAGCGCUGAUCUUUGGACCUUCAAUAACCAUCAAUAAUUCAUGGUUUUUAAUCCGCAGGAGGAGCGGAGGAUUUAACCAGAAAACCCUCAAUGGCCAGUUCCUCACAGAACCUUAUUUGUUUACUCUCUCGAUCAAACUGUACUUCUGAUUUGAUUUUUCUGAUUAUGAGGAGUGAAUGGCAUACAGUAUGCAACCUUUUUAGAAGGAAAUCUUUUCUUUUGUAGCAUUUGUGCCACAGGUCCAGAGAAGACCCACUGUGAAUUGUGACAUUUUUGAAUAUCUUUCCUUUGCGAUGGAAGCACUUGUGUCUAAAUCUUCCCAGCUGAAUUAACAAAGUAAAAAAAGCUAUCAGAGCAGGGUUAAGCCAGGGACACACGGGCACACUGUGGCACACUGCAGUGUUUCGCUUUCCCUGGUGUCAGUUUUCGAUAUAACAGUUAUCUGUGAGCCCCGACAUGUCUGUGCUCUUAAGAAGGCUGUAGUGAAACUUCAGAGUGACAUCUCCCUGUCAGGUGUCCUCUCACUUGUUCCAGCCACACCUCUAAGCUAGUGAUGUGACAUCCUGGAAUGUCUCUUGUGAGGUGCUUACUCUCGUCUCACGGCAAACACACUCCCUUCCCCAUUCCUUAGAGUCUCUCGUCAAGCCACUGCCUCCUGUUUUUGACAUAAGCUACAGCUGACCCACAACUCGAGGCCAUAUGGCCUCUAUUGUGUGUUAAUAGAUUUGCACAAGGCACAUUGUUUAUUUAAUUCGUUAAUUGGUGGAGGGCUAAGACCCACAUUUUCACACGGAUUUAAUUCAGACUGUUUGGUAUAUUAAGGACCUCUCGGUGGUAGCUGUUGUAUGGUUGUCGUGGAGCAGGUCUUGUUGGUGUUUGAAGACGAUUUGGCAAAUUAGACUCCUUUUGCGCAAUAUUUUGCUGUCCAUUGUGUCUUUAUGAGCUCAGGCCUCAUGAGUCACCUACUUCUAGGGAGGCCUGUCACAGUGACCUAAUAAGAAUGAAAUAUUUUCUUCCUUGUCCUCCUCUGUUGACGGCACGGUUUCUGAUUCUCCAUACGACACUGCUAUGAUCUUUUAGUAGAAUAAAGACUGCCAACUGUGAUGCCUUGCUUGAGGCAUUUCCUAGUUUUGACACUUGGGUGUGAAGCUGUCUACUGUGCGUCAAAACAAGAAGAAAAAUGACGCAUCUUGUGCGUGUGUCUGCGUGUGUACCUGGCCUCUUUUUCUGGACUUUUUUUUCCUGUAGAAUAUUUUGCUUGAAUAACAUCAGUAGUACUCUUUUAGGAAGCCUGGGAAGCUGAGUUUACAGAAUGACUCCAAAGGGGUUAAUGGUACUGGUAGCUUUGUUUGCUCAUUGAUGGUCACCAAGCCAGAGACAUGGCUUUGAAGUUUGUACAAAAUAGCAGGGUGAUUUGUCAGGUUUCACUUCAUCAGUUUUCUACAAUAGUUUUCUCACUCCUGCAAAAAUUAACUUUGAGACUAAGAAAAAAUGACACAUUUGUUGACAAUCAUACUUUCAGUGUUAAUAACAUUUACAACCGAAGUCUCUCUCAUUCACUUGGAAGCCAUUUCUGUGUAUUUUAAUGCUUUGUUUCUGGUCUCUUGCUGACCCUUUACUGCAGGAUAUUUUGAUUUUUUUUUUAUGUUCAACUUUUUUUGAACGGCUUUAUUGCUUUAUUGUCUUUCAGAACUUUACACUUGUAAAAAAAAUACUUCAUGCAUAUUUUGCUACUGUAGUUUACUGCUCAUGUUUACAGGUGGUGGUCUUGUAUGUUACUGUACAGUGUAAAGUUUCUGAAAUUAUUCUUUGAUAUUUAAUUUUCACAUUGUGUAGCAGAGGUCUGUUCCAAGGUGUUAAAAUAGCCUGUAUCCCUAAUAAUAAAUUAACCAUUUUAAAAAUACUGAAUGGACAUUUUUCAGCUUUGCAGUGAAGUACUGAAAAGAAGUUUUAGGGUUUUCAUAUCUUCUGUCUCUACAAGGCAGGAAUGACAUUGUUGUUUCUCUUAAAAGUCUAGGUAUGUACAGUACAUCAAUAAAGCCUACUGACCAAU